CUCCUCCCCAAGGCAUGUGACCAUGUGAUCGCAGUCAUUGCAGUCAGACAGAUUGAGAAAACUUGUGACCAAAUCAGCAGCAGCAGCGGCGGCAGCGGGAUCAGCUCGGCUCUCUGCGAGAUAAAAACUGGACCGCAGCAACUCCACAGUCCUCCUUCAGUCGCUUCAGCUCCUCCAGACAACAUGGACUGCGGAAUUUUCACGUCCAAGACCGUCCUCCUCUUCCUCAGCUUGAUAUUUUGGGCUGCAGGAGCGUCGUUGGCCUACGUCGGUGCUUAUGUGAUCAAGAGCUAUGACAACUUUGACAACUUCAUUCAGGACAAGUACACGUUGAUCCCAGCAGCUAUCAUCAUCGGCAUCAGCGUGGUGAUGUUCAUUUUUGGUCUGGUGGGAUGCUGCGCCACAAUCCGAGAGUCCAAAGUCGGCCUUAGCUUUUUCUUUCUGAUCAUCAUGGUGAUCUUUGCAGCUGAAGUGGCUGCUUUGGUAUUUAGCUUCAUCUACCAAGGCAAGAUAAGCGGAGACCUGGAACGCUCCAUGAAUGACAUCUUCACAAAGUAUGAUGGACAGGAUGCUGAGACCAAAGCUGUGGACUACCUGCAGAAACAGUUGCAGUGCUGUGGUGUCAAAAAUUACACCAGCUGGUCCAACACUACCUGGUUUACCAGCCACAACAACACAGUGCCUCUGUCCUGCUGUAAAAACAGUACCAACACACAGUGCACUGGCAGACUGGAUCAAACAGACCUGCUUAAUGUAGAGGGUUGUGAGGCCAAGCUGGUUCACCUCCUGCAGGAUGUGUUGAGUUACGCCAUGCUGGUCAUUCUGGGCUUCGCCAUCAUCAAGUUCUUUGGGAUGCUGAGCGUCUGUGUGAUCACCUGUAAAGCUGGCAGCCGGAGGAGUGGCUACCAGCCUCUCUAUGCCUGAGCCACUUCCUGCAACCACCUACCACCUCCUCAUUAUGCUUGACUAGGUUUUGCUGACCGCUUACUCAGCAGUGUACAGAAGCAUCCAGGCCAAUCAUUGUAUAAGUUUUAUUUAAAUAAUGGCAUAUAAAGCAUACACAAGUGGCAAACCUCUCCUCUAAAGGGGAUCACACCAGAGCAUUCCUCCUCAUAAAUGUUCCUCUGACUUGUUAAAUCGUUUUGCUGAAUGUGGACAUGGCUUUCAAUUUUGAGUUAUAUAAAUGUCCCUCUUUGGAGAUUUUUAUGAUAAAGUUUCCGUAAGGAUCCUGUACUGUCUCAGCCCAACUACAGCCUUGCUUUAGGCUAACAUGUGACAAGAACACAGGAUACCAUUUUGAAAGUAAUUAAAUAAUGUUAAAAAUAAAAUGUUGACCCCUGUUGGAUUUUGUUUGCUGAAAGCCUCAUUCUCUAAAGCAUCUUUUAACUCCUAAUGCUGACUGUAAACCUAGUGCAGCUGCCAUGGUGUCACAUGAGAGAAAAGAAAACUAUUUUGAACAUUAAGGCUUCGACUUAUAAAUCUUGUGAGCCUUCCCACUCUGUUGCAUCAUGUAGAUAUUCUUUUAAAGACCCUUAUUCUUUGGAAUUAACUAUAAUGAAGGACUUCAAACCGUAUUUUAAGCUUUUUGUGAUUAUGAAUGAAAGGACAGCGGUUUAGAGAAUUUAGGUAUAGUGUGUAUAAAUGUUUUGGUCAGUUAACUGUAUUUAAUUAAGUUACAGUUCAGCAUAGUUUAACUUUGGUUGUGUUUCUUAUGUUUCUAAAUUAAAAAGAACAUUUUCCCAAUAA